AUGUCCUUUUCUCCUGCGCCAGGGGAGCCCUCGGAUAGGCAAGGCGACGGGGGCGUUGGACGGGAAAUUCUCCUGCAGGGCCAGAGACAAAGGACAAGCUGUUGCUCCGCCAGGUCCCCCGCAGGCGCAUUUGGUUACACGGGCUCUAUUCGCCGGGGCCUCGCCAGCCCGCCUCUCCGCCCCAUCGAGUCUCGAGGCGGAGCCGCUGUGAGGCGAGCAGCCUCUCCAUUGGACCAUUGGACCGAAUGGCUGCCCGUCCGCUACGCCGAUGGGCGUGGCCGAGCGGAGGCCCCUGAGGCGCUCCGUCUGGGCCCCGGAUGGAGCCACUCCUGCCACGCCGUGCUCUAUGCCCCGCAUCCCGGCAUGCUCUUCGGCCGCAUCCCGCUGCGCUACGCCGUCCUGGGGAGGGGCUUCCAGAGGGGCAUGCAGUUCAAUGGCCAGCUGGGCUUCCCUGGAGGGUCUGUGGACCGACGGUUCUGGUCACUGGAGGAUGGCCUGAACCAGGUGCUGGGUUUGGGUUUGGGAGGUGUGCGUCUGAUGGAAGCUAACUACCUGGCUUCACACACCACGGAGGGCCCCCAGCGCAAAGUAGCCCACUUGUAUGCCAAGCAGCUGACCUUGCUGGAGCUACAUGCUGUCGAGAUCAGUGCCGUGCACUCGCGGGAACAUUGACUGGAGGUGAUGGGAAUGGUUUGAGUGCCCCUGUACACCCAGAAAGAUCGCAAGGGGGGCCUGCCUUUCUUCCUGGGGAAUUCCUUUGUCAGAACAGCCAAGUUCCAGCUCCUUUAUGCCUUGAAAGUCUUGAACAUGGUACCUGUGGAGAAGGCCUUCCUUAGAAGCUGCCUCAGCCCCCCCCCCAACCACUCUAGCAUUGUCUCCUGCCACCUUUUGGACCAACUGUCAGGCAGGUCCAUCCUCACCCCAAGCAGAGGGCUUGGAGCACACCUGGCAUCUCUCGGGCAGCUGCUGAACAACUGGCUGGGGGAUGAACAGCUGCUCACCUACAGCGCAGGAGGAGCAUCUACGGGAGAACCAUGA